CGAGUCAGACCGUCAUGCCGACCCGCUGAGUGUUGCCUGCACUUACCUGAGCUCCCAGACUCACUUGGAGAUCUGUCAGGGAUUCACAGAAUCGUAGAAUUGUAGAGUUGGAAGGGACCUCCAAGGGUCAUCUAGUCCAACCCCCCCUGCGGCGCAGGAGUGCAAAGCAGAUAUACUCUGUUGCUGAGAUUUGCCCUUUUGCCAGGGGCUGUAGAGGAAGGCAAAGAAGAACAUCAGAAGAGCCUGCAGGAUGAGGCCCAUGACAGAUCCAGUACUGCAUUACCAAAAGGGAGAUUAAGACUAAAGGUUUUCUGAUGAUGCUGCGUUGCCAGCGAGCGGCUGGGUACCUCGUCUUGGCCAUCACCCUCUUCCAGUGGCAAUCCAGGACAACUUUCCAGGUAGCGGCAUUGCAAGAGCAGCCUUCGGCUCCUUCCUCUCCCCUGGGCGAGGGUCGCCUGUCCCUGUCUGGCCAGGAGAAGCCAGCUGCUGACUUGGUCGCAAAGCUUCUCCUCUUCGACGAGCUGGUGUCCCUCGAAAAUGAUGUCAUCGAGACGAAAAAGAAGCGGAGUUUCUCGGGGUUUGGCUCCCCUCUCGACAGGCUCUCGGCCGGUUCCCUGGACCUGAAAGCCAAGCAGAGGAAAGUUGUGGAAAUUCCGAAGAGGCGGUUUGGAAUUCCCCUUGACCGGAUCGGAGUGAACCGUCUGAGCAACACCAGAGGUUUGCCCGCCCUGGUGGACGCCCUCCGCAGAACAUCUCCCACUGCCAAAGGCACUUCCGCAAGUCCCACCGCCACUCCCAGGGACUUUGCAAUUCAGAAACAGGCCUCCUAAAACAAAAGCAGAAGAAACAUGCCUCCAGUUCUCAUUAUAGCAGGAUCUGCCCACUAGACCAGACUUCCUUCCAGCUGACGCUCUGCUCUCCUGAAUAAGGGAACAGAAAGUGGUUUUUUUGUCUGUUUGUCUGCUUGUUUGUUUAUAUGUAUAUAACAAUUUCAUUUGCAUGCCACUUUUUUUAAAAAAAAAGACUUUUGGGAGUCUGUCAACCUAAUGAGGGCUAUUAGUAUGCAGUGCAGCAAAAUAGCAAGGUGGUGUUGUUGACUCUGGAGCAGCAUUAAUAAGCAAAGCUUCUUAUUUACACACACACACACACACACACACACACACACACAACCCAUUUUCACCUGGUUACUGGUCCCCCAUCUCAGGUCAGCUCAGGACCUCUGCUAAAGUUAGUAUCCUUCCCAUAGCUGUCAACUUUUCCCUUUUCUUGUGAGCGAUCCUAUUCGGAAUAAGGGAAUUUCCCUUUAAAAAGGGAAACGUUGACAGCUGUGAUUCUUCCCCAUCAUUACGAUCCAAGUGCAACCUCCUGGCUGGCAUUUCCUUCCUAAGGUUCUCCCCAUCUGGGUCCUGCUGGUGGGGAUUUUCUCAUGUGGAGCCACCCAGAAAUGCUUCAGAGCAGCAAUUGCAGGUAAUUGCAUUAAGAGGAGCCUACUGGGUUAGGCCAAUAGCUCCUUGAGUCCAGCAUUGCCUUCUCCCAGGGGACAACCAGAUGCCUGUGGAAACCUUGCAAGCAGGAUCUGACCCCAAGAGCCCUUUCUUCUCCUGCGUUUGCAGC